GCAUGAGUGUAGAGGAAGGUGGUAUGCCAGGCCUGGGCCGACCCAGGCAGGCCCGCUGGACCCUGAUGCUCCUCCUGUCCACUGCCAUGUAUGGUGCCCAUGCCCCACUGUUGGCGCUGUGCCAUGUGGAUGGCCGAGUGCCUUUUCGGCCCUCCUCAGCUGUGCUGCUCACUGAGCUGACCAAGCUACUAUUGUGCGCCUUCUCCCUUCUCGUGGGCUGGCAAGCAUGGCCCCGAGGGGCCCCACCCUGGCGCCAGGCUGCGCCUUUUGCACUCUCUGCCCUGCUCUAUGGCGCCAACAACAACCUGGUGAUCUAUCUACAGCGUUACAUGGACCCCAGUACCUACCAGGUGCUGAGCAAUCUCAAGAUUGGAAGCACAGCCCUGUUCUACUGCCUCUGCCUCCGGCACCGUCUCUCUGCACGCCAGGGUUUGGCACUGCUGCUGCUCAUGGCUGCAGGGGCCUGCUAUGCAGCAGGUGGCCUUCAGGACCCUGGGAACACCCUUCCUGGGCCUCCAGCAGCUGCUGCCAGCUCCAUGCCCCUGCAUAUCACUCCACUGGGACUGCUGCUGCUCAUCCUGUACUGUCUCAUCUCAGGCUUGUCAUCUGUGUACACAGAACUGCUCAUGAAGCGACAGCGUCUGCCCCUGGCACUUCAAAAUCUUUUCCUCUAUACUUUUGGUGUGCUCCUGAACCUUGGUCUGCAUGCAGGCGGUGGUCCUGGCCCAGGCCUCCUGGAGGGUUUCUCAGGAUGGGCAGCACUUGUGGUGCUGAGCCAGGCACUAAAUGGACUGCUCAUGUCAGCUGUCAUGAAGCACGGCAGCAGCAUCACACGCCUCUUCGUUGUGUCCUGCUCAUUGGUGGUCAAUGCCAUGCUUUCAGCAGCUCUGCUACGGCUGCAACUUACAGCUACCUUCUUCCUGGCCACACUGCUCAUCGGCCUGGCUGUGCGCCUAUACUAUGGUAGCCACUAGCCCCUGGCCACCUCACUUGCUUCUGACCCUGUCAAUCGGGUACCACCACCAGAGUCACCUCUCAGACCUCUCCCUUCCCUCCCCUCAGCAGCUGUGAUAAGUGCCUUGUGAGAAAAGCUGGAGAAGGGAGAGCAGUCACAUUAGUCUUGAGGUGGUGGAUGAAGGAGGCUCCCAGGAGACAUGAAGAGUAGAUUUGGUUAAGGAAAUUUAAUCCCCACCCCCACCCCCAAGUUAUUCCAGACUAAAGAAU